AUGAUGAUGAUGUCCCUGAACAGCAAGCAGGCGUUCAGCAUGCCUCACGGCGGCAGCCUGCACGUGGAGCCCAAGUACUCGGCAUUGCACAGCGCCUCGCCCGGGUCCUCUGCACCCGCGGCGCCCUCCGCCAGCUCUCCUAGCAGCUCGAGCAAUGCUGGCGGCGGUGGCGGCAGUGGCGGGGGCGGUGGAGGCCGGAGCAGCAGCUCCAGCAGCAGUGGCAGCAGCGGCGGCAGCGGCGGGGGCUCCGAGGCGAUGCGGAGAGCAUGUCUUCCAACCCCACCGAGCAAUAUAUUCGGCGGGCUGGAUGAGAGCCUGCUGGCCCGCGCCGAGGCUCUGGCGGCGGUGGACAUCGUCUCCCAGAGCAAGAGCCACCACCAUCACCCGCCCCACCACAGCCCCUUCAAGCCGGACGCCACCUACCACACCAUGAAUACCAUCCCGUGCACGUCGGCUGCCUCCUCUUCGUCGGUGCCCAUCUCGCACCCGUCCGCGCUGGCGGGCACGCACCACCACCACCACCACCACCACCAUCACCACCAUCAGCCUCAUCAGGCGCUUGAGGGCGAGUUGCUGGAGCACCUGAGUCCCGGGCUAGCGCUGGGUGCCAUGGCGGGCCCCGACGGCGCCGUGGUGUCCACUCCAGCUCACGCGCCGCCCAUGGCUACCAUGAACCCCAUGCACCAAGCCGCUCUCAGCAUGGCCCACGCGCACGGGCUGCCCUCACACAUGGGCUGCAUGAGCGACGUGGACGCCGACCCCCGGGACCUGGAGGCGUUCGCCGAGCGCUUCAAGCAGCGACGCAUCAAGCUAGGGGUGACCCAGGCCGAUGUGGGCUCCGCGCUGGCCAACCUCAAGAUCCCCGGCGUGGGCUCGCUCAGCCAGAGCACCAUCUGCAGGUUCGAGUCCCUCACGUUGUCUCACAACAAUAUGAUCGCGCUCAAACCCAUCCUGCAAGCGUGGCUAGAGGAGGCGGAGAAGUCUCACCGCGAGAAGCUCACCAAGCCGGAGCUCUUCAACGGCGCGGAGAAGAAGCGCAAGCGCACGUCCAUCGCGGCGCCGGAGAAGCGCUCGCUCGAAGCCUACUUCGCCAUCCAGCCGCGGCCCUCUUCCGAGAAGAUCGCCGCCAUCGCUGAGAAGUUGGACCUUAAGAAGAACGUGGUGCGCGUCUGGUUCUGCAACCAGAGGCAGAAACAGAAAAGAAUGAAAUAUUCCGCGGGCAUUUAG